AUGUUGGAUGCCAACAAUAUGCUUGUGAAAAUUUAUAGGAUGGUUAGAGAUUGCUUCCAACAGAAUCCUAAUACUACUUUAAAGCUUCGCCUUAUUGGGAAAAGAGAACAAGAUGGUCGGACUUAUAACUUACCUACUUCCUCCGAGGUUGCCGCUCUUAUUGUUGGAGAUAUUGAUAACGCUCUUGAGAAUAGAGAUAUCGUUGUCGAGACACAAACAGGUUCAUUAAAAAGAAUAAGUGAGUUGCAUCCUUCCUAUCUUGCACUUCAGUAUCCUAUUUUGUUCCCAUAUGGAGACGACGGUUACAGAAUUGACAUACCCCAUAGGGGUGUCAUUGAUGUUACUAACAAGAAACGUCCGAAUUGUUUAUCAAUUCCUGAUGAGCAACUAAAGAACUAUGUUUUAUGCGAAAUUGAGAAGUUUUUAACUCGAAAUAAUUCAUCACUUAGAAGAUUUGUAUCAAUGCCUUACCCAGAUACUUCAUCUUUAGAUAACUUUCGCUGUCGAUUGAUUGUUUACGGUUAUGGCGGCACUGGUAAAACAUUUUUAUGGAAAACAUUGUCUGCUGCAAUUAGGUCAAAAGGUGAGAUCGUAUUAAACGUUGCAUUUAGCGGAAUUGCAUCAUUGUUGUUGGAUGGAGGAAGAACGGCGCAUUCUAGGUUUCAUAUACCUUUGAAUCUUAAUGAGGAUUCCGUUUGUCACAUUAAACCUGACGAUGAUGUAGCUAAAUUACUACAACAGACCAAACUCAUUAUAUGGGAUGAAGCUCCUAUGGUUCAUAAACAUGCAUUUGAGGCUUUGGAUAGAACUAUGCAUGACAUUUUCAAUAUCUCUAAUUCAUCCAGAUUUGAUGUUCUAUUUGGAGGAAAGAUAAUUGUUUUUGGUGGUGAUUUUAGGCAAAUAUUACCUGUUAUUCCAAACGGUGGACGACAAGAAAUUGUGAAUGCCUCAUUAUGUUCGUCUUAUUUGUGGAGGAAGUUUGAAGAGAUCAAUAAUUUUGCAAAAUGGUUGUUGGACGUUGGUGAGGGAAAUGUUGGUGGUUCGAAUGAUGGAGAAGCAAUAAUUGAAAUACCACCUGAGCUUUUAAUUGACAGCACAUCUGAUCCAAUUUCUAGCCUGAUUGAUUUUGUCUAUCCGUCAAUCUUGGAGAACUACAAUGAUCGUAAUUACUUUAGUACUAGAGCUAUACUUGCGCCUAAGAAUGAGGUGGUUCACGAGAUUAACGACAGAUUGUUGGCACUUUUCCCAGGUGAAGAAAAAGAGUAUCUUAGUUCUGACAGUCUAUGCCCUACUGAAAAUGCCAAUGCUGAACAGCAAAAAAUAUACUCACCUGACGUUCUGAAUGGUCUUAAAGUAUCUGGUUUACCAAAUCAUAGAUUAGUGCUUAAAGUUGGUGUUCCAGUAAUGUUGUUACGAAAUAUUGACCAACGAAAUGGUUUGUGUAACGGCACAAGGUUAAAGGUUACAAAACUUUACAGCCGUGUAAUUGAAGCUGAGAUAAUUUCAGGUGGAAAUAUUGGUUCUCGGACAUUCAUACCUAGAAUGAAUUUGGUACCUUCCUACAAAAAGAUUCAUUUUGCAUUUCAAAGGAGGCAAUUUCCAAUAACGGUAUGUUUUGCAAUGAUGAUUAACAAAAGCCAGGGCCAGUCGCUAUCUAAGGUUGGUUUGUACUUAAGGCAACCAGUUUUCACACAUGGUCAAUUGUACGUAUCUUUAUCCAGGGUUACAAGACGAGAUGGAAUCAAGUUACUAAUACUUGACAAUGAAGGCAGACCUACAAAUAAAACAAUUAAUGUUGUAUAUAAAGAGAGAUUCAAUGGCUUGUGA